UCAUGAAGGUCGAAUUGGCAUGGCCUCCGUCAAGAUGAAAGAAAAUCGUGAAUUUGAUGGAAAGAAACUCUUUCAGCACACUGCUGAUUAUCUGCCUAGUUAUGCAAGGCCUCGGUUUGUAAGAAUACAGGACACCAUUGAGAUCACGGGAACUUUUAAACACCGCAAAGUGACCCUGGUGGAGGAGGGCUUUAACCCUACUGUCAUCAAAGAUGCCUUGUAUUUCUUGGAUGACACAGCAAAAAUGUAUGUGCCUAUGACUGAGGACAUUUAUAAUGCCAUAAGUGCUAAAACGUUGAAACUCUGAAUAUUCCCAGGAGGAUCACUCAUAACAUUUGCAGGAAGAAACUGAAUGGACCUAGUACAGCCACUUGAUAUUAUCCGACAUUAAUUUGAUUGAAGAUGGUGAAGUACAAUAUUGUUAGGAGAUUAUGCGUAUGAAUAUAGUGAGAUUUUUAGAAAUACACCUGAACCUUUGCACGUGAAAAGAUUUAGAUAUAAUUAUUUUUCAAUGUGCACCUACUGUUUGUAUUUGCAAACUGAGCUUGAUGGAGGGAGGAUGUUAUUUUUUAAAAAAUAUAAUAAAUUAGAUGAACACUAACAUUUGAGAUGGCACUG